CAGCUCUUCCAGGCAGAGGGGAUCUUCCCGCGGCGAAUGGGCAUCAACUCCUGGAUUGCCCACCGCACAAUGCGGAACCAUAAAUGUGGCAUCUUCCUCUUGAACGGGGAGCAGUGGCGUUCGGACCGACUGGUGCUUAACAAGGAGGUGAUCAGCCCCAUUGGCACCCGCAAGUUCCUGCCUUUCCUCAACACAGUGGCGGAGGAUUUUGUCGACUUCCUGCACCGGCAGGUCAGAAAGAACACCCGCCGCUCCCUGACUGUGGACCUUUACCGCGACCUUUUCCGUUUCACCUUGGAAGCCAGCAGCUACGCCUUGUACGGGGAGCGCCUGGGCCUUCUGGAGGAGACCCCCAAACCAGAUUCCCAGAAGUUCAUUGACGCUGUGGAGACCAUGCUGCAGACUACGCUGCCCUUGCUCUUCCUCCCUCCGGGUGUCAUGCGCUGGAUGAACAACAAGCUCUGGCAGGAUCACAUGGAUGCCUGGGACAUCAUCUUCUCACAUGCUGACAAGUGCAUCCAGAACAUCUACCAGGAAUUCUGCCUGGGGAAGCCGCGGAAGUACUCGGGGAUCAUGGCGGAGCUGCUUCUGCAAGAGGAGAUGCCCCUCGACUCCAUCAAGGCCAACAUCACGGAGUUCACGGCGGGUGGCGUUGACACGACGGCCAUUCCUCUGCUCUUCACCCUCUUUGAGCUGGCCCGCAACCCCCACGUCCAGACCGCCAUUCGGGAAGAGAUCAAGGGUGCAGAGUCGCAGGGGUCCAGAGAGCUCUCCAAGGUGCUGAACGGCCUGCCACUCCUCAAGGGGGCUAUUAAGGAGACACUGAGGCUGUACCCAGUGGGCAUCACCGUGCAGCGCUACCCAACCCGCGACGUGGUGCUUCAGAAUUACUACGUGCCGGCUGGAACCCUGUGCCAGGUGGGGCUGUACUCCUUGGGCCGGAGCCCGGAGGUCUUCAGCGACCCGGAGCGCUACGACCCUCAGCGCUGGCUCAGCAAAGACGACAACAGCUUCAAGGCCCUGGCCUUCGGCUUCGGAUCCCGCCAGUGCAUCGGUCGGCGCUUGGCCGAAUCGGAGAUGAUGCUCUUCCUCAUGCACAUCCUGCGGAACUUCAAGAUCGAUACCGUCUCCAAGGCCGACCUCAAAACCGUCUACGGCUUCAUCCUCAUGCCAGAGAAGCCCCCCUUGCUCACUUUCCGGCCCAUCGACUAGGUUGCCAGCUAGCCCUCUUGGCGGCUCUUCCCCUCCUGGCAGCUGGUGGCAGCUGGGGAAGCAAAGGGAAGCAAACACCCACCUUGGACUUUAGGGCGCACCUUCUCCCUCUCUCUCCCCCUCCCCCCAGGCAUUCCUCUGGGCAGCCACUCUGGACAGCUCUGUAGCCACAUCUUGGCCUUCCUAAGACAUCUGGAACCAGAUUCAGAUCAGG